CGCUGUGGGCAGACCGGUUCUCGUCCUUUCCUUUCGCCUUUUUCGCUUCUUUCGCCAGCCGCUCAGGUGAAGCGUGGAAUUCUCGACUGCCGCUUGCUGGGCUUGUGAAUGUCGUGUUCCUCCUCUCCUUCGCCUCCCUAGUCGACUGGUUCUCCCCUUUCACUCGACCGACUCGAGCUAUCAUUCACUGCAAACAAAUUAUAAGAAGAAAAAAGAAAAAAAAAAGGAGUCAUCAUCUCAGUGUACAGACCUGUAUUCACAUCGCAACUGAAUCCCCCCACCGUCUCCACUUCCUUACACACAUCAGGGUGACUGAACAGACAGUGAAUAGCCCUGACUGACAACUUCCUGAUCGAUAAUAACUAUCGGCUGCUGGGAAAUAUCAAGGCUACCAUGUCUGCCGCGAGGACCCGGAGUCCAGGGCGGGUGCCGCCUUCCUCAGACGCGCACCUAUCUGUUGCGGACAACGGCAGCUCCGGUCAGCGGAGAGCAUCGUUUGGCUUUCUGCGCCGUUCCAAGUCCACAGAACCCCUAGCGGAGCGCAAGGCAUCUGGCGGCCGUGGUAAGAAAAUGACCAAAGAGCAGGCUAGAGAAGAGGAGCUCCGUCGCCAGCGCGAGAUGGCUUCCAAACCCCGACAGCCGCCCCGUCUGCCCGCGCUCGCGCCCGCUCCUCAGCUCGAGACCUUUGGUGGCGAUGAGCGUCCGGAUGGCGAAGUCGUGAGCUCACCAUCUCACGCGAUCCCAUCGCCCGCCAGAGUGGCGCCUCCGAUUCCUUUGCCGGAGGAUGCUGUCGAAUUCUAUUCACGCACGGAGAGCAUGACCCAUCGCGGUCGGUACAGCUACGCCAGCAGUAGUGCCGUCAGCACUGUCAACGGUCCGCGUCGACUGCGUCGUCGCAAGGAUCCGACCCCAUACAACAUUUUGGUCAUUGGAGCGCGGAACUCCGGCAAGACCUCUUUCCUCAACUUCCUUCGUUCGUCGUUGACUCUGCCGCCUCAUAAGCACCCUUCUCGUGCACCUAGCGAGUUUGAAGAGCUCGAUCGACAGUCGCCGGCCAACGAUGGCUUUACCUCGCGCUACCUUGAGACUGAGAUCGACGGCGAACGCGUGGGAUUGACGCUGUGGGACUCUCAGGGUCUGGAGAAGAACAUCGUGGAUAUCCAGCUCCGGAGCGUGACCGGCUUUCUGGAAAGUAAAUUCGAAGAGACCCUGACCGAGGAGAUGAAGGUGAUCCGCUCCCCCGGGACCCGCGACACGCAUAUCCACUGCACCUUUUUGAUCCUCGAUCCGGUCCGGCUGGACGCUAACGCUGCCGCCGCCGAGCGGGCUGCCAACGGGGCGCCGCUGCCGUCUGACUCGCGCAUCACGGGAAUCCUGGACGAUAAUCUGGACAUCCAGGUCCUGAGGACCAUGCUGGGCAAGACCACAAUCGUCCCGGUGAUUAGCAAGGCAGACACGGUCACCACCGCUCAUAUGGCGUAUCUCAAGAAGGCCGUCUGGGACAGUUUGAAAAAGGCCAACAUCGAUCCUCUGGAGAUCCUCACGCUGGAAGAGCAGGAGGAUUCCGCGAUCGAGAGUGACGAAGACGAAUAUGACAACAACGACGACGAUGAGGGUGACGACAGUGAGGCCGCUGCAGAGAAGGCUGGAGCCGUUACUCCCACGUCAACGUACUCGGAUGACGAUGUUCCGGAACCCGUCUCCCCCUCGCGUCGCAGCCAGAGCACCCGCAAGUCAUCGGGGUCGGUGACAAGUUCGUCGAUCAUCCCCUUUUCAAUCCUCUCGCCCGACCCUCACUCGUUGGCGGCCGGGGACGAACCCGUGGGUCGCAAGUUCCCGUGGGGGUUUGCUGAUCCGCACAACCCGGUGCACUGCGACUUUGUCAAGCUCAAGGACUCUGUCUUCAGUGAAUGGCGCUCCGAGCUGCGUGAAGCCAGCCGGGUGGUCUGGUACGAGCGGUGGAGAACAAACCGUCUCAACCGCAACGGCCAUGCGCCUGCUCAGGCUCCUCCCCAGAAGAAGAAAGCCUACGGGGGACGAAACGGUCCUGUCAAGGAUGGCCGUCGGACUCGAUAAAGCCAUGCUCUGGUUUUUUGUUUCUUUAUUUUUUCUUUCCCCCCAUUAUUACUGUCUCUUUUUCCUACUUCCCUUUUUCUUUCUUCUCAUUUCUGAUUCACUCACUCCUUACCCAAUUGAUUCUCUUCCCGCUUCAUAUGUAUGUGCCGCCUGGACUCUGAUAAACAGUUCUCUCUCUCUCUCCCUCUCUAUCUGUCAACGUCCCUGUAAUUACUGAUCGGCCUGCAUGAUGUAUUAUUUUUCCUCUCGACAUUGUACCUUAUUUUCCUUCCUCUGCUUUUUUUUUUUGUCUCCGCUUCUCCGGCC